AUAUCUGCCGUCGUCAUCCAGAUGAUCUUGAGGAGUCUGCCCAAAAUGGCUUCCCUAAGAUUUUGGCAAGUCUUACUAAGGAUCAUCCAAAGAAAUUAGAAGACUGUUCAGAUGACAAGACAGUAAUCAUGAAGGAUCUGACAGUUACCAUCACCAAUGACAAGACCUUCCCGUGUAAAGAUAAGCUGAAGCAGAAAAAGAGUCUGAGUGAACGCACACCUGUGAAUUUCGUGGUCAAGACGAUGUCGUUCAAUAGAGUGGAAGGCCAUUUGCUAUAUUCAACUUCCAUCACAAGUCCAUAUGCCUUGGAUCGACCAGUUGGGAUUAUGGAGCAUUCCAGUGGGGUCAUCUUAGUGUCGGACACAUUUAAUGACCGUGUGCUGCGUCUUGAUGAGAAUGGAGGUCCCAUCAACUUCGCUGGACCAUCCAUGUCAUUCCGCCGGCCCUCCGCCUUGGUAGAACUCGAGGAUGGCUCCAUUGCUGUCAUCUGCUUCAACUUCAUAGCAGUGUUUGAUGCUAAAGGAAAUUAUCUGAAGGUAUUCGGGAAAGAACUCCUUCAGAAACCUUAUGGACUGUGUUUGUCUGAAGACGGAAAGCUGAUGACAGUGGAAACAGCUUACCCUGGCACAUUAGUCAUUGUCACCCUGUGCCCUGAGCUGGAGUAUGAGUUGUCAAGAGUAAGAGUAUCACUAGGUCUCCAGCCUCUCCGAGCAGAGCUCAGCAAGCCCAGGUUCAUGGCAUGCUACAAGGACAAGGUUUAUGUGGGAGAUUUAGGGUUGAACUGUGUGUAUGAAGUGAACUACACCACCGGAUGUUUGCUGAAUACAUUUGGCAGUGCAGGAACAUCUCCCGGGUGUAUGGUAGAUCCCUCGGGAAUCACUUGUGACCCUGAUGGCAACAUUUAUGUUGCUGACAGUCGCAAUCACAGAAUCCAGGUAUUUGAUUCUUGCAGAAGAGUCAUUUGCAUCAUUGAUGUAGACUACCCACUCAAUCGUCCUUCUGGAAUAUAUUUGACCAGAAAUGAAAAUCUGUUUGUGCUCAACUAUUGGGCUAAUUCCCUGGCAAAGUAUCGCUUAAAAUAUAAAUACAUCUGAGUACAUGUUCAUGAAUAUACAAAUCAGUAGUAAUUUUGCUCCUCUUCACUCUUUAUACCAAGGGGAAAUUUUCUUAUAAAAUAAUUCUCGAGUGUUUGAAAGCAGAAAGUUAAUGAAUCUGAAUUUUUUGUAAAAGGAUUAGUUAGGAUGAGCUCCAUAUGACAUUCUGUUCUUUGAACAAAAAUAAACUAAUUGAAAUCAA